AUGGCUGAGAACGGAGCUCGCGAGGCCAAGACGCGCUCCAGGAAGGGCUGCUUGACCUGCCGCUCCCGGCACAAGAAGUGCGACGAGACGCACCUCCCUGAACACGGCGAAUCCUGCAAACGCUGUUUUGACGGGAACUGGGUGUGCCAGUGGCCUGUCGCUGGCGGCGGGACCUUGCGGACGUUCGUGCGUGGAGCGGCGAAGGAGAAGAGGGAGACGAACGGGCCUGCGAGUGUUGGGAGACGGGAGAGGGAGAGGGCGUUGGUUAUGAAGAAGGGUGAGAGGAGGAAUAGUAUGGCGGACGGUCGAGAAGACGUGAUGAAUGGCUCGGCGGUCGAUGGGACGUCUGCCGCUUCGACUUCGUCAUUGUCGCCAUACCCCUCGACUUCUCUUCCUCCGAUAUCUCGCCAAUCUUUCGCUCAAACUGCGUACCCGAACCUCUCUGCUCCAAUGCCGGCCUUCGCCAUGCCCCUUCCGAGCAUGUCGCCAAGCGAUUAUCCCGCCUCAACCUCCGCCCAUCCCUACCUCGCAACAUCCGCUCCCCUCGCCUCCUUCUACAACCCAGCCGCCUCGCCUCCCGCACUCGUCAACCCCGCCGCCACUCUUGCGCUUGAGACAAACGACCUCUCGCAGUUCUUCCAGUCGCUCGAUGCGGAGUUCGCCAACUGGGACGGAGUCGAGGCAGAUCCGCUCAUAAGUCCGGUUGGUCCUGCGGGUCCUGCAGCGAGUUUGGCGGAGGCGUCAGGGGCCGCGCUUGCGUUAGGUACAGAAAUCGACGGAGCGAACGGACCGAGCGGCGCGGACGUCGUGGACGGGAGGGGACGACUGCCUCGUCUCGACUUCAGCAACACCUCCGUCUCAGACGGCCCAGCUUCAGCCGUGCCGAUCGACGAUGCGGAGCCGACGUCCGUCCAUCAAGACUACAGCACCUUCAACAACGGAUUCUUUCGCUCGCUUCCGAAACCCUUGCGCGAUAUCGUCGUGCAGAAGGUCCACAACGUCGUCACGACGACCGAGCUGGGUCGUAACGCUGCGAUGGCCAUCGUCAUGCUUUAUCGGCUGCGACUACAACAGCAACAGCGCCCGCCAGAUCCGGCGGACUCGACUCCGGUAGAUGGAGCUUCGAACGAGGACCAGCAAGCUCGCCUUCUCGCCCAGUCGAACCACUACUUUCAGCGCGCACUUGAGCACCUACAAACGCCGAUUCCGCUCGAAGCCAAAAUGAUCGCGAUGCUCGAUCUCCAGACGUUCCAGUUCGACCAAUUCGGCGCGGCGGCUGCGAAUGCGAUGCUCCUCCUCGGCGAAGUCUGGAUCAACGAGGCGCUCGGUUCACAGCCAACGCUCGACUUGUCGGCCAUGCGCGACCCGGCAAACGCGCUCCUCACCGCUAUCGCCUGCACCGACUGCCUGCGGUGCAUUUCGAUCCCCGGCCGACGCACGAUCUUCUCCUUCCCCGACUUGCCUGGCGACCCCUCGAACGGCACGCCCUCAGCCGUCGUCUCAGACGUCUCAGCGCACAAGCUCAACGUCGACACCCACCUCGGCCUUCCCGUCGGCUUGCUGCUCUGCGUCGCAGCGACGACAAAUCUCUCGUGCGACAUGGAGGCGUUGCCAGACGAGCUCGUGCGCGUCAAGGCAGAUGCGAUUGAGGCGGCAAUCAGAGGAUGGAGACCGCCUCCGCCGUCGCCGCACGAGCUGGCGGACCCCGUCUCUUUCCACGACAAGGCGAGCACGGCGGAGAUGUGGCGAUACGCCACGCUCGUCUUCCUCUACCAAGCCGUCCACCGCCGCGGUCCUCUCAACCGCGUGAUCCGCGAGGCGUCGCAGCAGAUCAUCUCGAUCGGCUCUCGCAUGCUCCAGCCGAACCGCCCGAACCCUGCCUCCCAUCGCGCCGCUCCUUCAGCCGGUCCUUCCGCCGCAGCGUCGCCCUCAUCCGCCGCGCCCGGUUCGCCGCACGACUCGCCCUUAUACGACGACUACCUCUCUGCUCCCUCUACCCGCGCAGUCCCCUGGCUCCUCGCAGGCACCUGCGCCCUCACGCCCUCGGACCGCGCGUUGUGCCGUCAAGGGAUGCUGGAAUGCGGCAAGCAGCUCGCGUAUCAGGACGACGUUGCGGCGCUCGAGCGCGUUUGGGAGGUCGUCGAUGAGCAGGGGUGGGGAGUCGAGUGGAGGGCGUUGUUGCAGAGUGAGGGGAGGGCGGUGGCGUUCUUGUGA